AAAUGAACCCCAAAACAUGCACAUCUCAGCUUUAAAGCAACAUCCUGCAAGGAGCAUCUUUUUUUGGGGGGUGUCUUCUUGAAAAUCAAGCCGUGUCUUUAAUUCCCCGAGGCUCCUCUCUGUCCAGCAUCAUCAUCAGCAGCAGCAGCAACAUGACUCCUGGGUCUCUCCUCCUGUGCGUCCUGCUCCUUCUUUCCGUUUUCCAAUUUCGUCGCUGCGUCCCCGUCUGCAACAACCAGUGCUGCCGCUUCGUGGAGGAAUUCCCCGUCAGGGCGAAGAAGCUGAGGCAGGACUAUAAACAGAUCAGAGAUUUCUAUGAAGCAAACGAUGACUUGGAUAAAGCCUUGUUAGACCAGAGCGUUGAGGAUUCCUUGAACCCAGCGAGCCCAUUUGCCUGCCAGGCCAUGAACAGCAUCCUGGACUUUUACCUGAGAACGGUUCUGCCGACCGCCGUGGCCGGAGUGACCGAAGAAACCACAGAUUUGAAACCUCACGUGGAGUCCAUACAACAAAUUUUCGAUGAGCUCAAGAGUGAUGUCACCAGAUGUAGGAACUACUUCUCCUGCAAGAAGCAGUUUGACAUCAAAAACCUAAACCAGACGUAUACACAGAUGGAGAAUAAAGGCAUGUUUAAAGCCAUGGGGGAGCUGGAUGUGCUGGUCAACUACAUCGAGAUGUACCUGGCAUCCAAGCGGCUCAGACAUCAUUAACAGGGAUCUUUAUCAAC